AAGUGUCUUCCUGUGUGUCCUCACUGUGUGGGGCUUGACGGAGCGGCAGUCUGUGCGGAAGUUCUUUCAUCCUGCAGGAGGAGAAGAAGAAGAAGAAGAAGAGAGGCUUCUUCUUCGUCUCGACUGAACGCAACAAGCCGCCGGAACCGUCCGGACCCCCGGGACUCUCACACACCCGCGGCCGACAACAGAGCGUCUCCGCCGGCCUCCGGACCCACGGUGAGUCGGGCGAUGGCGAGGCCGAGCCACAGCGACCACGUCCUCCAGCAGCUCAACAACCAGCGUGAGUGGGGCUUCCUGUGCGACUGCCUCAUCGCCAUCGGCGACACGUACUUCCGCGCCCACCGCGCCGUGCUGGCGGCGUGCAGCUCCUACUUCCGCAUGAUGUUCAUCCGCGACGGCGCCGCCGCCGCCACCGCCGGCCGCCUGGACCUCAGCAACAUGGCCAUCAGCGCCGAGUGCUUCGACCUCAUCCUGCAGCUCAUGUACCUCGGCCGCAUCGUCGUCGGGGGUUACGAGUUCGGCGAGCUGAAGGCGUCCAUGGCGACCCUGCAGAUGUACUACAUCCCCGACUCGCUGGACGACCUGCGCGACAUCCGCAGCGCCAACAUCGCGCCGUCGUCCUCCGCGUCUUCCUCCAGCGGCGCCGGCGCCGGGAAGAUGAUGUUCGGCGUGCGCAUGUACGAGCAGCCAAGAACCGCCGGCGCCACCGGCGACGCCGCAGCCGCACCUGAAGCGGAGCGGCUACCGAAAGCCGUGAGCAGCAGCAGCAGCAGCAGCGGGCGCCAGGCGGGCACUAGCAGACCCGAGGGCGCCGCCACGCCGAUGUUGGCGGCGGCGCCGCUGCCGGACGGCGCCGGGGAUCAGCCGUGUGACUUGAGGAAGCGCCCGAGCGGGAGGGGCUCGGCGCUGAAGGAGCGCCCACGCUUCGGGCGCACGUACACGUGCGACGACUGCGGGUUUGUGUUCAGCUGCGAGAAACUGUUGAUCGAACACAUCCUGACGUGCACCAACCGGAAGGCGUUCCACCGGCCGCGGGCCGGCGGCGACGCCGAGAGCUCGGCGUCCGAGAGCGUGGAGGAGCACCAGCGGCUGAAAGGCGAGGACGAGUCGGAGCGAGACGGCGAGCUCGUGAGCGUCAAGACGGAGCCGGAGGAAAACCUCUUCCCCGACAUCGAGAUGGUCCGCGUGGGCGAGCACGCCGCCAGAGAGCGCCGCGCCCGCGAGCCGGAGCCCGGCGCAUCGGGGCUGGACGCCGGCGGCGGCGAGGCGUUGGAAGGACACGUGUCGAGCGGCGAAGACCCGGGAAUCCCCGCGAAGCUUCGUAGAGUCAAAGAGGAGACGCAGGACGGCGGCGGCGGCGCCCCGUGCGAGCUGUGCGGCGCGCCUUUGACGGAGGAGGACACGGCGUCCCACUACCUGUCCAACCACAUGGGGAACAUCUGCGCCUGCGGACGCUGCGGACGCGUCCUCAUCAAAGGACGACAGCUGCAGGAGCACGCCGAGCGCUGCGGAGACACACAAGGAGGCGAGUCGGACUCCCCCGGCGAGGACGAGGCGUCUCUACCGGAGGACCCGUCGGGGGUGGAGGACGUGGACCUGGCGUGCCCCCACUGCGGCGCCCUCUUCCAGAGCGAGAGCCUGGCGUUGGAGCACACCCUGUCCUGCCACGAGGACCUCCUGCGCCCGCCGCUGCUGGACGACGGCGCCCCCCCCCCCGGGGAACCGGACCACCGCCGCAAACACUUCUGCAGCAUCUGCGGCAAAGGCUUCUACCAGCGGUGCCACCUGCGGGAGCACUACACCGUGCACACCAAGGAGAAGCAGUUCAGCUGCCAGACCUGCGGGAAGCAGUUCCUGCGCGAGCGCCAGCUGCGCCUGCACACCGACAUGCACCGCGGCAUGGCGCGCUACGUCUGCCCCGUCUGCGACCAGGGCACCUUCCUCAAGCACGACCACGUGCGUCACAUGAUCUCCCACCUGGCGGCCGGCGAGACCAUCUGCCAGGUGUGCUUCCAGAUCUUCCCCGGCGGCGAGCAGCUGGAGACGCACAUGGACGUGCACCUGUACAUCUGCGGCGUCUGCGGGGAGAAGUUCCGCCUUCGGAAAGACAUGCGGAGCCACUACAACGCCAAGCACACCCGGAGGCUGUAGGGGCCCCUACACCAGCCCAACACCCCCUGGAGGCUGUAGGGGCCCCCCAUUACCACCCGGAGGCUG